CAUCCGGAACUGCUUGUACAUUGUUAGUGUUGCUGCUUUCUGAGAAGAAAUAUAAAAUGGGAUCUGAGUUAAUGUAAUAUAUUAGCUUUCAAAACAGAGCCCAAUAAUCUUAUUAUCAUUAUGGGAGGGCACGGUGUAAUGGCAAACGAGGAGUCGCUGGAUUAUUCAGUACAUGAAGCGUGGAAUGAGGCCACUAAUGUUUACCUACUGGUUAUUCUGGUCAGUUUCGCCCUGCUGAUGUACGCCAGAAAAAAUAAGAGGAAGAUUAUGCGUAUAUUUACGCUGCCACCGACAGUAGGAACCUCAGCAGAGCCGAACUUCUACGACAGUCUGCAGAAAGUCCGACUAAGACAACAACUGGAAAUGUAUUCCAUCGCUCGUAAAUACGAUCAGCAGCACCAGCAGUCGGACAGUGUGCUGCUGUCAAUAGAGUGAUCUCACAGUAGAGGGCGCUCUUUACCCACCAACGGUACAAAUGAACGAAGCCAGUACGGCCAAAUCUGAGCUGACGUGCCUCAACUCUACGUAGACUCAGAAGUGGGUUGUGCUUUAGCACAUUGGGGUCAUUACUGUUACAUUUGUUUGAUAUCAAGAGCUGUUUUAGAUCUACAUACCCCUCAAACAUUGAGGAUAAGGUGGCAUUCAUUUUAAUAACUUUUGUGAUGUGAUUUUCCUAAGCGAGCUUCAGUGGACUAUGACACAGAUGAAAGUGAAAGUGUAACAUUGUUCUUUGUAUGUUCAUGUAAAUGCUUAACAAAUGCAUUAACUCUAGGCAUUGGGAUUAAAGUAAUAUUUGACCUCCUUUCUUACUGCUAAAUGAUAAUUGAGCACACAGGUUGAAAAUACUGUGAUAAAUGCACUGCCGACUUGCAUGCACCCUUGACACACGCUUCUCCAGUGCUGUAGCAAUGUGUUAUAUUGCCCUCUAGUGUUAGCUGACAUAAAUGUCAGUAGUUGCAGCCUGUUUAAUAAAUCUGCUAAAAAAUAUUUUUAAUAUUAAACAAGUUUCCUUAAAAGGCAGUAACUUGUAGGUCUUAUUGAAACAACUAUAUUGGUAGAUAAGCAUGGGUCAGUCAUUAUGCUUUUAAAUCUCCAGUUUUUUUUUGUGACAACCUCUUUAAUGGAUGAACUAUACGGUAAAAAAAUCUUCUGUGCAAAUGAAUCUAGUUAUUGUGAGAAUGGCUUUUUACGCAACACCAUAGUGUACUUGUGGUGAUUUGUGUGGGCAAAUCACAUCUUCAGAUAGCAUAGUUUUUUCUUUUCACAUUAUUGUUAAAAAAUUGAGUGAUUAAAUAAAAAGUGCAAUAAAUGAGUCCAAGCCAUA